AGCCAGAGGGAAGAAACAGAGAUCAACCACUUAAGAUGUGAGAGGCCUUCUUCUAAAGGAUUGUUUUUACAAAAUGGAUCGGAGCAAGCGAAAUUCAAUAGCGGGAUUUCCACCACGUUUAGAGCGCAUUGAAGACUUUGAUGGGGGUGGCGGAAGUGAUGGGACCAUGUCCCAGAUGGGCAGAGUUUGGACUUCUUCAUAUAAAGCCUUGAUAAGUGCCUUUUCAAGACUUACAAGACUUGAUGACUUCUCCUGUGAGAAAAUAGGAUCUGGUUUCUUCUCUGAAGUAUUCAAGGUGCGGCAUAGAGUAUCAGAUCAAGUCAUGGCCCUGAAAAUGAAUACACUAAGCAGCAAUCGUGCAAAUAUGUUGAAAGAAGUUCAGCUCAUGAAUAGACUUUCACACCCAAACAUAUUAAAGUUUAUGGGUGUCUGUGUACAUCAAGGACAAUUGCAUGCCCUUACUGAGUACAUCAACUGUGGUAACCUGGAACAAUUGUUAGAUAGUAAUCUGCACUUGUCCUGGACAGUGCGAGUAAAGCUGGCAUUGGAUAUUGCUCUCGGACUCAGUUAUCUUCAUUAUAAAGGAAUUUUCCACAGAGAUUUGACUUCCAAGAACUGUUUAAUAAAGAAUGAUGAGAAUGGAUAUUCUGCUAUAGUGGGUGAUUUUGGGUUGGCAGAGAAAAUUCCUGAUUAUAGUGAGAAGUUGCCAGUGGUAGGUUCUCCUUACUGGAUGGCACCAGAGGUGCUGAGAGAUGAGCCAUAUAAUGAAAAGGCAGAUGUGUUCUCAUAUGGGAUCAUCCUUUGUGAGAUUAUUGCAAGGAUCCAGGCAGACCCAGACUAUCUCCCACGAACAGAGAAUUUUGGACUGGAUUAUGAUGCCUUUCAGCACAUGGUGGGGGAUUGUCCUCCCAACUUUCUCCAGUUAGCCUUCAAUUGCUGCAACAUGGACCCAAAGUUACGCCCUUCAUUUACUGAUAUUGUCAAAACACUGGAGGAAAUUCUGAGCAAUUUGAAAAGAGAAGAAGAUGAAAGAGAAAGGAAGCUACUAAAUCUGGAUAUUACAGAUCGAAAACCCAUAUCUGUUUCCAAAGGAUUGCUAGAGAGGGGACAAGGUAUCAAAAGGCUGAGCUCAUUGGAUGACAAGAUUCCACCUAAAUCACCCCGGCCACGGCGCAACAUCUGGCUAUCACGCAGUCAGUCAGACAUCUUCUCUCGGAAACCUUCCCGCAAGAUAAAUGUUCAGGAUCCAUAUUAUACACCAAGCAAAGGGGCGAGUCGAAAAGUCAAUCCCUUCAAUUCUAGGGAAGACUUGAAAGGGGGGAAGAUAAAAUUUUUUGACAUGCCUAGCAAAUCCGUGAUAUCUCUUGUAUUUGACCUGCACUCUCCAGAAGCAAGAGGGUGUCUAAAGAUGAGCCAGCCGCUAUUCAAGCACACCUGUGCCUGUGACUGGCAAGACUCUUCUUUCCUUCCUGGGAGGAGAAGCAGAUCACUUCCAGUUUCUCCUGAAUUUGGUCGUAAAGAUUAUAGCGCAUUUGGAGAUCUCUCUUCAACAGUCAGUAGCUGUGAUCCCGCGCAGCUAGGGGCUGAGGUGCGCCAGAGGCUACUAUGCAGUAGUAAGUAUGGUGUAUCUGAGAUCCCUCCUUUUCAGGUUAAACAAUGCAGGCAGGACUCUCAUCCUCUGCUUCUGCAAGAGGAGGAAAUGGAUUGUUCGGAUGAACUGGAGUCUCUAAACAAAAAUGGGUAUUCUGUAAAAUGUUCAGCUGAACAGCCAGAACUUGGGAAGCCUGAGGGACAAGUGCUGCAAAUCACUCCUGGCCAAGUGGCUAAUACCUUAGUAGACAAUUUAGACUACCCAGAAAAUCAAUUCCCAGAAAUGUUCAUGAGCUAUGCCACCUCUGAAGAAAUGGAGGUGGAAGAUGAAACUCAAAGGAAUAUGCUUUCCACUAAAUUGGAAUCUUCUAAACGGUUGCUCAGUAUUAAUCCUUCCUCACAGCAUGGCAGAGACUCCGGCUUCCUUGAAGUGGUGGACAGUGACACUUCAAAUGUUUCUCUGCUGCCUUCAGACACACCGGCAUCAAUAAGUGGACAGCCAAAAUGUGACAUUUAAAAACCAGCCAUUGGAUGAUUAUGAUGAUACACUCCUAACUAUGGUUUUAACUUCCUGUGUCAAAUGUCUCUAAAACAGUAUAGAAAUGUAACCAGUCCAUUUGAAAAUUCUAAAAUGUAUUAUGAGAGAUCGUAUGCAUGCAAGGGUGCGUGAAAAGAGUUCUCAGCAUACCUCAGGAAGAAGCUAAUAUAGGAAUAAGGUUUGCUGUUGAAUGCCUGAUUCAUGCAGGGUCACAGUUAUAGAGAUAGUGAGAUUAUGGGCAUCUCUCCAUGCUUCUAUUUGUGUUAUUCAUACCGUUUACGUUCUGUUAAAUGUUU